AAUGCCACUGUCCUACUUCAACCGCACGCUUCGAUUACUCGAUGCUCCUCGCAAGACGAGACGGUACAGCGAAGGCCAAUCCUCAUCAGGAGGAGUUGCCACCCGGGUGAUUGUGUCGACGGCAACGGAGCCCUAUUGGAAUUUGGCAUUCGAAGAAUAUUUGUAUCACGAGAGAAGGAAGUAUGAAGACGAUUCAAAAUGGAUUUACUUAUGGCGCAAUAAGCCUAGUGUGAUCAUUGGACGCAAUCAAAAUCCUUGGCAAGAAUGCAACGUUCCUUUUAUCGAGAAGAAUGGAAUCAAUCUCGUUCGUCGUCAGAGCGGUGGAGGGACCGUUUAUCAUGAUUUGGGUAAUACCUGUGUUACCGUUCUUUCAGCUAAACACGAGCCGCAUCUAAACGUUGCAUUUACGUGCCGUGCUGUUCAAUCAGCUUUUGGCAUACAGGCUUAUCCCGGUCCUCGAAAUGACAUUUACCUCGAUGGCUGCAAAGUGUCCGGGUCUGCAUUUCGCGUGUCUUCCAUUGCUUCCUAUCAUCACUAUACUUUGCUCGUCAACACCGAUCUGUCCACGCUGAAAUCUGCCCUUCUUCCUAUUCAUCGUCCGUUUGAAACCAAGGCGAUAUCUAGCGUCCGAGCGCCUACGAAAAACCUCGGCGAAUGUUCGACGAAGGCGAUAACGCACGAAAUUUUAUGCGAUGUACUAGAAAAACAUUUCAAAUUGGCUUUCCCUGGCGAUUGCUGGGUCGUUCGCGAGGAGUACCAUUUAGAGAGAAUCCAGUCCAUUCACUUCGUGGCUAAGACCUAUGAAGAAUUCAAAAGCUGGGAGCACAUCUACGGAAAAACACCCCCGUUUCAUUUGAGCUUUCAAGGCAGUUUGGGAUCUAAACUUUGCAUUAUUGACAUUUAUGUGAACAACGGAAUGAUCAAGGAAUUCUCGGUUUCGCACCCUACCCUGACGGAUGAAUCCAAGAGGGCGCUUCGAAAUUCAGUGAUAGGACUUCGCUACGAAUGGGCAGACUUCAAUUCGUGCUUGAAACGUGAGGGGUUUGUAAUUCAUGAAAAUUCAGAAACAAAAAAUUUGAGCAAUAAAAAUGUAACGCGUUGACUACCCAUACGCAGCAAACAAGCUACUUCUCCUGGUCUCGUGGAGCAAGCUUGGUCGUCUCACUUUAUGAAGGGUGGAUUUUCAGCGUGGCGAUCCGCAGUUCGAAGACACGAAUGAUAUUCGCUUUAUUUUAAAGUGGCUCAUAAUCUAAAAAAACAGGUUCAUGGAUAGCGCUCACCCUCUAUCUGCCAGGAGCUCUGCCCGUACCGACAACUUGCUGUAAUUCGAUCAUAUCACACCCAGGAGCUACAGAAGUUGUUUAUGGAAUAAAAAGAUAAGCCUCUCACUUUUCAUCUCGCGAGGGGGAUCACGUGAAUUCACAGGUGAUCAUGCCGAUUGACUCUAUCCCAUAUAUGUCUAGCCACCAACUGUUUUCUGGGUACUUUGAAAAAGCAAAAGUUGUACCAGUAAAUUUACCCUCACUG